AUAAAUUAUCAUAUUAUUUAAAAUGACGGACAGAAAAUAAUGGCUUCUCAGAAUGGAAGCAGGGUUAGCAGAAAUCCAGGACAGAGCAUUCAUCGAUUUUUUAGGUACCAGAGGUGUUCUAACGGUGGGAAUUUUCCCUUUACUUCUACUUGCAGUCAAAACUAUACUUUUCUUGGGUAUGGUACUAAAGGAUGCGUUGAUAUUUGAAAUACAAACCUUGUUUAACUUCUUCCCAACAGAGCUCUUCCCAACUAAGAUUCAGAAAUCUUACACCAGAAGUGUAUCUGUCGAUGAAGGAUUAAACCUACAAGAUCAAUCUUAUUCUAAGAAUUCGGGAGUUUUUAAUAAUUUUCUACAUCAAGGUGGGGGAGUAUAUGCUCCAGUAUAUGAAGGAGGGAGCACUAGUUUCAACCAUAUAGAAGAAUGCUUAGAUUGCCCUCAACUAGAUUACGACACAAGUACACAGUUUUACAGCCGCAACCCUUAUGUACCGAACACAGCUGAAUUGUACACGAGAACGAAUCCCUACGUACCGAAUAUACCUGAAUUACAGUACACAAGAACAAACGAGCUCCCAACCAGCAGUUACUCUCAGCACCUAGAUGAACUACUAGACUACUAUACCCAGGAGUACAAUCGAAAACGAAGUGUUCAAAACAGUCUUGUGGAAACUAACAUUUAUUCUAAUUCAAAAAUCAACCCGGCUCUCUAUAGUCCGGAAAGUAUAUACGGACAACGGAAUCCGUCAAAUAAGCUAGUUAGAUUUCCAGAUAGUUAUGUUGACGACAAUACAGUAAAUACAGAUGUUCUGGACUACCUUCUAGAAAAUAAAGAUGAUGAAAGUUUAGAUUAUGCUUUCAACACAGUGCCUAACCAGUUUCUUGUACCAGAUAAUUACAUUGUUACAAAACCAGAUAAUGGGAGAGAUAAGAAUGAACCCCGGUUGAUAUUAAAAGUACCAGCGCAGCAGCCACCAACAAGUUCGGUAGAAACUACUCUUACCAAGGGUCCACCAAUAACCUAUCAGUCUCUCCUUCAGACAAGAAUGACAAACAGUCAAUUGCAGUACCUUGAAUCUUUGAAGAACAGUGAACAAAUAUUUAGUCGAUCAAAUAUAUUCCGUGCGCACAGUAAGAAGAAUGCCGCUGAAAACUUUGAAUCACCGCGUGUUGUGCGCACUGAGCUGCGCAGUAGUGAACCAGAGAAUGCGGAGAAUGGGUCCUGGUCUGGAAGCAAGGAGUGGGCAAACAAAAUCUACCCACUGCUCAAAAACCAAUGAUUUGAAAUCUGAGAACAAAAAAUAGCAUAUAUGCACAGUGGGAUUCAUAAAACUGCGGAAAAUGAAGACGACGUCUACACUCAAGUAUAAUUUUGAUUGGUUCAAUGAUCAUGAAACACUAAAAUUGUGCAAUGUAGACAGCCCCAUUGCAUUCUACAAGACCAAGUUUAAUCUUCUAGUAAAACUGUUACCUUAAAAAAUUUUAAGUUUAUAAACAGUGAAACCCUUGAUAACGAAUACAU